AUGUGCCCCCCAAUCAGCAUGCGGUGUGAGGCGGAGGGCAUGUCCUACCUCCACACGUCCUGGAUGUACCAGCUUCAACAUGGCAGCCAGCUAAGGGUCUGCUUUGCUUGCUUCAAGGCUGCCUUUCUGGACCUCAGACAGUUGCUGGAGUGGGAAGACUGGGAAGAUGAAGACUGGGACCCUGAGCUGAUGGGCCACACUGAGGGAGGGUCUGAGCAGGCGGCAUCCCCGGGGAUGGGACCAAGCUGGGGGCAGGGCCAAGGGCAGCCUGCACAGGGCGGGUCUGUGGACUGGGGAUCGGGCACCCUGGCGUCGGGCCCUGUGGAGUCAGAAGAGGUGGGCCUGGAUGAUCACUUUGUGCCCACCGAGCUGGAGCCUCAGGACGCCACACCCCUGGGCCUGGGUGCUGAGGAUGCUGACUGGACCCAAAGCCUUCCCUGGAGAUUUGGGGGACUCCCUACCUGCUCACACUGGCCAAGCCCCUCUCCUCCAUGGCAGGAGUUUUUCAAAGUGGACCUGCCCCCGGUCAUCUUUAUGGUGGGCUGCUAUGAUGCCAUCUGCCUCCGGAAGAUGAAGCCAGGAUGGGCCCUGAGGACCCCAGGCCAGUGUUGGAAACUGCUGCUGGAGCCUGAUGAGGUGAGGGUGGUGAGACUCCAAGAUGCACCCCAGAAGCAGGACCUGCACCGGUGGAGGCUGAGCAUUCUGGAAUCCUCUCCUCCAGGGCAGAAUGAAGAGCUGGUCCCUGCGGACUCAGCCCUGCUCAAGAGGGGAUUCACCAUCCUCUCUUAUUCACCCUGGACCAAGAGGGAGGCAGAGGAGGGGGACUCGGCCUCUAGGCCACAGUCCUCCACCCAAGGAUGGGAUCCUGGCACCAGUGGGCCCAGAGGGCCUGGGGAGAGCCUGGCUGUCAUGGGAGCCUCAGCCCUGGGGGAGCUGCCAUGUUUCCAGACCCUCAGCCCAGGGCCCCUGAACUGA